AUGUCAGAUUGGGCCCUCGCCAUUGCGCUCGACUCACAAAGAUACUACCACGAAAACCAACGAGCGCAAGCCAGCACCAACGCGAUUAGGUCGCAACGCGGACAGCGAGACAUCAUGAGACGCCUUGUCGUUACACUCAACACUCAAAACCCACCAAGUAGACAACUCCUGACCGUGGUGCGCUGCUGUCAGUGCGGACAUCGCUCCGGUUUGCCGACCGAUUACUCAACGCCGUAUCAAUGCCUUGGCUACUCUGGAUAUUACGCUGCAUAUACCAACAAUGCGUCUCAGGCGAGUGACGCUUCGUCAGACGGAGCUGCAAAUGAACUCUCACCUCAAAGCACUUCAUCAAGCUCGGACGAGCAACGAGUGGCAUGCCGUCACGUGUACUGCCUUGGCUGUCAAUGGCUAGUUAACGGUGUCUUUAGGACCCUGCAUCCGAUUGAGAUCAGAGACGAGACAGAUUACAGCGCGUAUGGGUACGGUCAAGAAUUGUCACAGCAAGACGACUAUCAAGAACAGUCGAGCGGAGGGCAGCGAAGAGGGAGGGGCUCGAGGAGGAGUCGAAAUUGA